UGUUGAUGCGGAUCCCACCGUAUAGUCAGUUCCACCAGAGCGACCGGACUGUGCACGGGCGGCUGCAAACCUCACGAUUUCAAACGAUUUUCUGUUUCGAUUUUUUUAUAUUUUUUACUCGAAUGUUGUACUUUUGUCUGUUGCUUGGAUAGAUUAUUGUCGCGAAUUUUUUCCAGAGCAAACACCAAACAGUAUAUUAUUUAGUCCUGUAUUAAACAAUAUCAUAAUAUAUAACGAAACAGUAUAACGUUGCAAAUAACGAGAGUUUAAGCACCAAACCGUAGAGGUCCCGAACACAAUAUUAUUGAACGAGGAUUGUACAGGAUGCCUGCCGACAUUGCAGUGAUGGAUAAUUUCGACUCGAACAGCCAGAGCACAGCUCAUGGCCUUUCGGAAAUUCAAUCUUUUUACAAUGGUACGACGGUUUUUUUGACUGGCGCCACUGGAUUUGUGGGCAAUUUAAUACUGGAAAAACUAAUCAGAACUUGUUCUGGAGUUAAAAAAAUUUAUGUCUUGAUCAGGGAGAAAAAAGGAAAAACUACAGAAGAAAGGUUUAAAGAGCUCUUCAAUGACCCAGUAUUUGAAUUAAUGAAAAAAGAACAACCCAACUAUUUAGAAAAGAUCACAGCGGUAAUCGGUGAUUGUUGUUUGCCAAAUUUAGGGAUACAAGAGCAACAUAGGAACAUAAUGAAAAAUGAAGUUAACAUUGUUAUACACUCCGCCGCUACAGUAAGAUUCGACGAGCAUUUAAGAAAAGCAGUUAAUAUCAAUAUAAUCGCCUUGAAGGAUAUGCUGAAAAUGAGCCAAGGAAUGAGAGACUUAAAGGCUUUCGUUCAUAUUUCAACAGCUUAUUCGAAUUGCGCCGGGAGAAAAGUUGUGGAUGAGGUGUUCUACAAGCCACCGAUAUCUGGAGACAAUUUAUUUCAGCUCGUGAACAGUCUUGACGAUGACUACAUCGAUAUAAUUACUCCUUCAUUGUUGAAGGAGUGGCCAAACACAUAUGCGAUGACAAAAGCAAUUGCCGAAGGUGAAAUCGAAGCACACGGCAAAGGGUUACCAAUCGGAGUGAUAAGGCCGUCGAUGAUCGUGGCCACCGACAACGAACCGGUCCAAGGGUGGAUCAACAACAUCUACGGACCGACAGGGGUCGUCGCGGCCACCGGUGUUGGACUCAUGAGGUGCAUGUGCGCCGAUUCCGAUCAAAUAGCCGACAUCGUGCCCGGAGAUUUCAUCAGCAACGCCGUUGUGGCCUCCGCCUGGGACAUCCACAACCAAUGGAAAAAGCAUAAAAACUCCAAUUGUGAAGUUGAAGUAGACGGUUUGAAUAAGGAACAGUUCGUGCCACCAAUUUACAAUGUCGUUUCUUCGAGCUCUAACCCAUUGACAUGGGGAGAAUUUUCGGCGUUCAACAAAAAAUAUGGAUGCCACACACCUUCUAUAAAAGCGAUCUGGCCAUUUAUGUUGAGGCUUACCAAAAACAAAUACGAAUAUACAAUUUUGUGUUUUCUCCUCCACAUCUUACCCGCGUUCAUUAUCGAUUCCUUAGCCAAACUAACGGGAAGAAAGCCACAAUUAUUGGAUGGUUACAAGAAAAUGCACAAAUUCUCCGAAGUCAUAGCGUACUUCGCACUACAAUCGUGGACGUUCCACGACAACAACACAAAGUCGCUAAUAAAAAAGCUGUCCAAACUGGACCAGUCCCUGUUUAGGUUCGACGUGGCCAAAUUAGACUGGAACGAGUAUUUCAAAAAACACGUGUUGGGCAUUCGACUGUACAUCUUUAAAGAUCCAAUGGACACCGUGCCGGAAGCGUUAAGACGAAAUACAAAAUUGUACAUGAUUCACUACACGUUAAUGUCCUUUUUGGUGGCAUUAUUGAUGUUAGUAGUUUAUGGACUGUUCCUACUAUUCGUGUAGGUAAUUCAAAUCUCUGUUGUGCCCUAAAUGGUAAUUAUAAUAAUCGUACAUAACAAACAAAAUAUAUAUUUACUGUAAUAUUAUGUACUCGUUCUAAUAUGUACUUAUAUUGGUACAUUUAUCGCCUAAUUAUUGUGAAUUUUGUUUUGUAUCUCAUUACGAUGUACCUAUUUUACUUUUACUCAAAUUUGUAUAAAUUUAUGAACAUUUUUAUACUAAAAUUUAUUUAAAAUUUAAUAACUUCAUUUUUUCAAUACCUACACUAUAAUAUCUAUAGGUACUGUUAUUAUCAAUUCUACAAACUCGUUCUUGUAUGCACGCACGUAUUCUAUAUUAUAAUAUUAUGUAGGUAUAAUGUCUCUGAUUUAUUGUAAGUACAAUUAAUAAUAUUAUUAUUAUUGUCAAUAUUGAAUUAUUGUAUAUAUAUAAAAUGCCUAGUUUUAAAACGUAGGCAGUUUAUAUUAUGUCAUUGAUUUUAAGAUUAUUGUGUGUAACUUAAAAGACUUUUAGUUAUUAUGUACCUAAAUUAUUAUAA